AUGGGUAAUAAUGCUGAUAAAGACUUGAAACAUAAUUAUCCGAUACAUCAUUUUCGUCAUCAAGUUGAACCAAGUCCAUUUUAUUCUGCAUGUCGUAAUGGUGAUAUGGAAACUGUUCAAUUAAUGUUACAUACUAUUUCAUAUCAAGAUUUAAAUCGAUUAGAACUUAUUGGUAAUACACCACUUCAUGCAGCUUCAUUCUAUGGUCAUAAAGAAAUUGUUCGUCUUUUAUUACAUGAACAUGGUUGUGAUCGAUCACAACGAAAUCGUUAUGGCUCAACAGCUGGUGAAGUAGCAAAAACUGAUGAAAUUCGACAAUUAUUUCAUCGACCAUUAAAUAUUAAUCGAUUUUCUGAUAAUAAUAAACAAAUUAAUAAUAAUAAUCAACAAACAUUUGCUAUUGUUUCUAAUCUAUCACAACAAGAAAAAAAACAGACAAUGAUGAUCAUGAACCAAUACCUUCAAAACGGAUUAAACUUUAUCAAACCGAUGAUGAAAUAA